GUGUGGCUCACGUGGUGCUGGACGGCUGAGCGAGGUUAGGGUCUGCGGUGGUGACUGGAGCUUCUCUCUGGGUGUCGGAUCUCCAAACUGACGCGGGGAAGUAUGCUGGGCCCCAAGCAUGUGCCGUGGCGGCGGCUGCGGGGCAUCUCCUUCGGGAUGUACUCGGCCGAGGAGCUCAAGAAAUUAAGUGUUAAAUCCAUUACGAACCCUCGCUACAUGGACAGCCUGGGGAACCCAUCAGCAAAUGGCCUGUACGACCUAGCCUUAGGCCCUGCAGAUUCUAAGGAAGUGUGCUCUACUUGUGUGCAGGACUUCAACAACUGUUCCGGGCACCUGGGCCACAUUGAUCUCCCGCUAACAGUGUAUAAUCCUCUCCUCUUUGAUAAACUGUACCUGCUGCUCCGGGGCUCCUGCUUAAAUUGCCACAUGCUGACUUGUCCCAGGGCUGUGAUUCACCUUUUGGUCUGCCAGCUGAAGGUUCUGGAAGUUGGGGCUCUACAAGCAGUCUAUGAGCUUGAACAAAUUCUGAGCCGGUUUCUAGAAGAAAAUGCUGAUCCUUCUGCCUUCGAAAUUCAGGAAGAGUUAGAAGAAUACAUGAACAAAAUUCUACAGAACAACCUCCUGGGAUCCCAGGGUGCACAUGUGAAAAAUGUAUGCGAGAGCAGGAGUAAACUCAUUGCCUACUUCUGGAAGGCACAUAUGACUGCUAAGCGAUGUCCCCACUGCAAGACCGGGCGGUCAGUGGUCCGCAAGGAGCACAACAGUAAGCUGACGAUCACGUACCCAGCUGUGGUCCACAAGAAAUCUGGACCAAAGGAUGCUGAAUCCCCAGGUCCAGGAAUUGAAGAAACUCAGUUGGGGAAGCGAGGAUACCUGACACCCAGUAGCGCCCAAGAACAUCUUUUUGCUAUUUGGAAGAACGAAGGAUUCUUUCUGAAUUACCUUUUCUCGGGACUGGAUGAUGUUGGCAUGGAGUCCAAAUGCAACCCCAGUAUGUUCUUUCUAGAUUUCUUGGUGGUGCCACCCUCCAGGUAUCGGCCUAUUAAUCGCCUGGGGGACCAAAUGUUUACUAAUGGGCAGACAGUGAACUUGCAAGCUGUCAUGAAGGACAUAGUUCUGAUCCGGAAACUUCUGGCAUUGAUGGCCCAAGAACAGAAGCUGCCCAGUGGGGUGACAGAACUUUCCACAAACCAGGAAAAAGACUCUUCAGUUGUUAUGGACCGAUCAUUUCUAAGUAUGCUUCCAGGCCAGUCUCUCACAGACAGACUGUACAAUAUUUGGAUUCGUCUUCAGAGCCAUGUCAAUAUUGUGUUUGAUAGUGAGAUGGACAAAUUAAUGCUGGAAAAGUACCCUGGCAUUAGACAGAUCCUAGAGAAAAAGGAAGGCCUGUUCCGAAAGCACAUGAUGGGAAAGCGAGUUGACUAUGCAGCCCGUUCCGUCAUCUGUCCAGACAUGUACAUUAAUACCAACGAAAUUGGCAUCCCCAUGGUAUUUGCCACAAAACUGACCUACCCUCAGCCAGUUACUCCCUGGAACGUCCAGGAACUGAGGCAAGCAGUCAUCAAUGGCCCCAAUGUACACCCAGGAGCCUCCAUGGUCAUCAAUGAGGAUGGCAGUCGCACAGCCCUGAGCACCGUGGACAUUACCCAGCGAGAAGCUGUGGCCAAACAGCUUUUGACACCAGCCACAGGGGCUCCAAAGCCCCAAGGGACAAAAAUUGUGUGCCGGCACGUGAAGAAUGGGGACAUUCUCCUACUGAACCGACAGCCCACCCUGCAUAGACCCUCCAUCCAGGCCCACCAGGCCCGCAUUCUACCUGAAGAGAAAGUCCUACGGCUCCACUAUGCCAACUGCAAAGCCUACAACGCUGACUUUGAUGGAGAUGAAAUGAACGCCCACUUCCCUCAGAGUGAGUUGGGCCGAGCCGAAGCCUAUGUCCUGGCCUGCACUGAUCAGCAGUAUCUUGUUCCCAAGGAUGGCCAGCCAUUGGCAGGAUUGAUCCAAGAUCACAUGGUUUCAGGUGCAAACAUGACUAUUCGGGGUUGCUUUUUCACCCGGGAACAGUAUAUGGAGCUGGUGUACCGAGGACUCACCGACAAAGUGGGGCGAGUGAAGAUCUUCCCUCCUGCCAUUCUGAAGCCCUUUCCACUGUGGACAGGAAAACAGGUUGUGUCAACCCUGCUCAUAAACAUAAUCCCAGAGGACCACGUCCCACUGAAUUUAUCAGGAAAAGCGAAAAUCAGUGGGAAGGCCUGGGUGAAGGAAACUCCACGGUCUGUUCCUGGCUUUAACCCUGACUCUAUGUGCGAGUCCCAGGUGAUCAUCAGAGAAGGAGAACUCCUCUGUGGAGUACUGGACAAGGCACACUAUGGGAGCUCUGCCUAUGGCCUGGUUCACUGCUGCUACGAGAUCUAUGGGGGUGAGACCAGUGGCAGGGUGCUUACCUGCCUGGCACGACUCUUCACCGCCUACCUGCAGCUCUACAGAGGGUUCACCUUGGGUGUAGAAGACAUUUUGGUUAAACCGAAUGCAGAUGUCAAGAGAUGGCGCAUCAUUGAAGAAUCUACCCAGUGUGGGUCCAGGGCUGUAAGAGCUGCAUUAAACCUGCCAGAAGCCACAUCAUGUGAUGAGAUUCAGGGGAAGUGGCAGGAUGCCCAUCUGGGCAAGGACCAAAGGGAUUUUAACAUGAUUGAUAUGAAGUUCAAGGAGGAAGUGAACCAUUAUAGCAAUGAGAUUAACAAGGCGUGCAUGCCUCUUGGGCUGCACAGACAGUUCCCAGAGAAUAACCUGCAGAUGAUGGUGCAGUCAGGAGCCAAAGGGUCAACUGUGAACACAAUGCAGAUCUCUUGCCUCCUGGGCCAGAUUGAGUUGGAAGGCCGGAGGCCCCCACUGAUGCCAUCUGGAAAGUCACUGCCCUGCUUUAAGCCUUAUGAAUUCACCCCCAGAGCUGGCGGCUUCGUCACCGGAAGGUUCCUCACCGGCAUUAGGCCUCCUGAGUUCUUCUUCCACUGCAUGGCGGGGCGAGAGGGCCUGGUGGACACUGCUGUGAAAACCAGCCGAUCUGGCUAUCUGCAAAGGUGCAUCAUCAAACAUCUAGAGGGGCUGAUCGUCCAGUACGAUCUGACUGUCCGUGACAGCGAUGGCAGUGUGGUACAAUUCCUGUAUGGGGAGGAUGGCCUGGACAUCCCCAAGACACAGUUUCUGCAGCCCAAGCAAUUUCCCUUCCUGGCCAGCAACCAUGAGGUGAUAAUGAAAUCAAAGCAUCUCCAUGAAGUUUUAUCUAGAUCAGAUCCCCAGAAAGCUCUCCGACACUUUAGAGCCGUCAAAAAAUGGCACAGCAAGCAUUCCAGUGCCCAGCUGAGAAGAGGUGCCUUCCUAAGUUUUUCCCAGAAGAUUCAAGCAGCUGUGAAAGCCGUGGACCUGAAGGGCAAGAACCAGAAUGGCCGCAGCCCAGAGGCCCAGCAGAUGUUGCAGAUGUGGUAUGAAUUAGAUGAGCAGAGUCGGCAAAAGUACCAGAAGAAGGCAGCCCCUUGUCCCGAUCCCAGCCUGUCUGUGUGGCGCCCAGACAUCUAUUUUGCAUCUGUGUCAGAAACAUUUGAGAAGAAGGUUGAUGACUACUGUCUGGAAUGGGCAGCACAAGCAAAGACCAGCUACAAGAAAUCAGAGCUGUCUCUCGACAGACUGAGAACCUUGCUGCAGCUGAAGUGGCAGCGCUCACUGUGCGACCCCGGCGAGGCUGUAGGCCUGCUCGCUGCCCAGAGCAUUGGAGAGCCCUCCACGCAGAUGACCCUGAACACCUUCCACUUUGCGGGCAGAGGCGAGAUGAAUGUCACCUUGGGAAUUCCAAGGCUAAGGGAGAUUCUCAUGGUGGCCAGUGCCAACAUAAAGACACCCAUGAUGAGUGUCCCCGUGAUCAACACAAAGAAAGCCCUGAAGAGAGUGAAGAGCCUAAAGAAACAACUCACCAGGGUGUGCUUAGGGGAGGUGUUGCAGAAAGUUGACGUCCAAGAGUCCUUUUGUAUGGGAGAAAAACAAAACAAAUUCCGAGUGUACACACUCCAGUUUCAUUUCCUGCCAUAUGCAUAUUACCAACAGGAGAAGUGCCUGAGACCUGAGGACAUCUUGCACUUCAUGGAAACAAGAUUCUUUAAGCUCUUGAUGGAAGCUAUCAGAAAGAAGAGCAGUAAAGCCUCAGCCCUCAGAAGUGUGAACACGCGACGAGCCACACAGAAGGACCUCAGUGACGCGGAGGAGUCUGGGCAGAGGCAGGGAGAACAGGAUGGCGGUGAGGACGAGGAGGGGAGCAUUGUGGAUGCUGAAGCUGAGGAGGGAGAUGCUGAUGCGUCUGACACCAAGCGCAAGGAGAAACAGGAGGAAGAGGUUGAUUAUGAGAGUGAAGAAGAGGAGGAGGAGGGAGAAGAAGAAGAGGAGGAUGCACAGGAGGAAGGGAAUGCCAAUGGUGAAGGAACCCACCAGGCCCAAGAGCCAGACAAGGAGGUGGGCUCAGGCGCCGCAGAGGAUGUACCUCAGAAACCUCUGCGCCACCACCCCAGGCCCCAGGGAGCUGAGGCUGUGAAGCACAGGAUCCAGGCUGUGCAGGAUGCCCACUCAUUUAUAGAGGACUAUCAGUAUGAUACCGAGGAGAGCCUUUGGUGCCAGGUGACCAUGAAGCUCCCCCUAAUGAAGAUUAACUUUGAUAUGAGCUCCCUGGUUGUGUCCUUGGCCCACAGUGCCGUCGUCUACACCACCAAGGGCAUCACGCGGUGUCUCCUGAAUGAAACAGUCAACGACAAGAAUGAGAAGGAGCUUGUGUUGAGCACAGAAGGAAUCAACCUUCCAGAACUAUUCAAGUACUCUGACGUGCUGGACUUGCGACGUCUGUACUCCAAUGAUAUCCAUGCUGUGGCCAACACCUACGGCAUCGAGGCCGCACUGCGGGUGAUUGAAAGAGAGAUCAAGAAUGUGUUUGCCGUGUAUGGCAUCGCCGUGGAUCCUCGCCACCUCUCCCUGGUUGCUGAUUAUAUGUGCUUUGAGGGAGUUUAUAAACCACUUAAUCGCUUUGGAAUCCGGUCAAGCUCGUCCCCUCUGCAGCAGAUGACAUUUGAAACCAGCUUCCAGUUUCUCAAGCAGGCCACCAUGAUGGGAUCCCACGAUGAACUGAGAUCCCCUUCAGCCUGCCUGGUGGUGGGGAAGGUUGUCAAAGGAGGCACAGGCCUGUUCGAGCUCAAGCAGCCUCUACGAUAGCAGCCACCACAGCACUGUCAGCCCAGCUUGGACAACCUGGGGGUGGGCGUGGCUGGCCAGCCCUCUAAAUGAGUGGGCCGGAAGAUUGAACUCAAGGCAGUUCAGGACCGUUCAGAGCACAAUGACCUUGGGCUCCUCUGGACUGGGCCAGCUUCCCCCUGACAGUGGCAGCAUUACUCAUCCCUGCCCUUGAGUCCUCUUAAGUGCUCAAGACACCGUGGCUCCAUCUGUGCCUCAGAAGGCCUUUGUGGCGAACCCUCAACAAGAUGCUCAGGACUUCUCACUGGGAAGACCACAGCAAACUGUGUUUCACUUUGGGGAUCCCAGGUGCUUUGCAAGGCCGGGAAGUGAGAUCCCUAUGAAUGACCAGUCACUUUAGGCAGGAUUGCUAGGGACUCUUGAACACAAACAUAGAACCUGUUCUAGAGCUGCUCCCUUUCUACUCCAGCCCGAGUUCCCAAAGAAUGUGUCCUCUCACCCUUGGGGUUUCUUGAGACAUGUUAGCACAAGCCACCCACCCAACUUCUGUUUCUGGGACAGGGUGCUGGCCCUGCUGCCAUGUGGCUACAUGCCCUGAACCGCACUGGCCCCAAAGCCAGAAACCUCCCAGGACCCCAACAGCUCACCCCCCCCUCAGAAAGCCGCAAGUUCCCCACCAGAGCCAUUCAUCAAAUGACCUGGCUUUCCUGGCUCUGCUCCCAGCUAGUGCCAGUGCCUACAGCCUCCCUGAACUGUCUGGAGUUGUUGAGGCUCCCCCUCCCCCAGAACACUGAAAGGUGCCCUGGCCAGGACAGAACCAGCUGACCAGGCUGGCCCAGAGGCUUCAUACAACCAGGGCUGCUAAUACUUUUGUCUAACAUUACUCCCACUCAGGCUGAACAAUAAACAUCACUAGACCUAGCUUUUGGGAGGAAGGGGAAAAAAAGACUUGGUUUUUAAUUUUUUUCUUCUCCUAGAUUGUGGAUUUUGUAUUUGGAGUUGAGAACGCAGAGCUAGAAUUUACUUAACGCACAGUUGGCUCUGAGGCUCCUGCUUUUAUCAGAUCUCAGCCCUCAGUCCCUACCUCUGUCCCCGUCCCCCUCUGACCCAUUGCUAGAAGCAAGAACAGACCUGUGGAAAGAAGCUGUGUUAACCUUGAUGGGCUGAAAGGGCAGUGGUGACCUAUUAGGAGUGGGGUUGGGAUUAAAGGUGGGUCUUGCCAGGAAAAAGGCUGGGCUGCCCCCUCCAGACACAAUGGGACCAGACUGUAGGGCAUGGGUACAGAGGAAUGUGACACUUCCAAGGGAAGUGGGCAAGAAGGGUCUCCAUUGAGUCCUGCCCCAAGGACCCCUGUGCAGAAUAAAACAGUCAUUCUUCAAGUGAAGAGCACUGGAGAUGUAGUUCAGUUGGUAGAGUGCUUGCCUUGCAUGCCCUAGGCCAUGGAUUCCACCCCAGCAUCAUACAAAUUGAGCAUGACAGUAUGUGCCUAUAAUCCCACCAUUUGGCCAGUUUAGGCUACAUGACACCCUGCCUUUUAAUAAAAGGCAGUGGGGAGGAGGUUCCUUCUUGAGCAGGAAACUAGGAGUCAUCAACCACCAAAAGAAGUUCCCACGAGCUGGAGAGAUGGCUUAGCAGUUAAGGUGCUUGCCUGCGAAGCCAAAGGAUCGUGGUUCAAGUCUCUAGGACCCUGUUAAGCCAGAUAUACAAGGGGGUGCAUGCAUCUGGAGUUAGUUUGUAAUGGCUGGAGGCUCUGGCGCACCCAUUCUCUCUCACUGCCUCUUUCUGUCAAAUAAAAUAUUUUUU